GAUCUGUGAGAGGGAGAGAAGUGAGGAGUUGCAGGUUUUCAAGGAGAGAGAGAGAGAGGAGGAGCAGUGGUGAUGGUCAUAGAGUGAGGUUUGCAGGUUUUCACACAAGAUUUCCGAUUUCCAAUUUCCGAAUUCGGUUCCACAAAAACUCUAUAACUUCCGUCACCUUUUCCACUACCUCACAUCCCACGGAAAACUUUCAUUCCGGAGCCAGUUUCUCUGGAACGACAAGUCAUUUCCAUGUGGUCUCCCUCUUCUUUAGACAGGACGCUCCUCAGAACCGAUAGUCUAAGAAUGGCGCUGACAUCGACGACUUUCUCAAAGGCUCUCUGAGGAUUUUGGCUACAAAUUUAUUUCCAAAAAUACUCCAGAAUUCCAUCUUCAAAGGCUAAAAUGCUUCCUUGCGAAUCAGAGCUUGAAGUAAAGAUCAUUAAGAAGGUAAGCUUUCCUUGUCCCUUUUUUCAGACAAGGAAUGCAGCACUAGAUUUUUAUCCACUAAUGAGGUUGCUGGUUUUAUUGCAUUCAAUGCUAGGUAGGAUCUUCCACUAUGGUUCAAUUGGUUUGAUUGAGGAACCUUGUAGAUCAAUUCAUCUUUUUGCAUUGGACAUUGCCAAAAAAAUCUGGUAUCAUCCUCCCACAUUUUAUCAAAAUUUGAGAAUGGCAUUAUGACCAUUAGCAGACACCGUUCGAAAGGGCAUAUGGUAUAAAACAAAUGUUAUCAAGGUAUAAUUUUCACUAUGAAAUGUGAUGAUAUUUUUGUUCUGGUAGAGACAAAGUCAACCAGCCAAAAGCCUUUACAUUACUACAAUGGCUUCAAAGAAUAAUCAUUUUACAUCAAUGUCUCUCCCUGGUAAACUUUCAGAUAAGUGAGAAUGAAAGUUCAUAUUCGACAAUGAUCUUUAAUGAUUUAUUAUUGUUUGAUGGUUUUUUCAAAUCAAAUAACAGCUGAACAUGGAGCUUAAUUUCAUUUUUAAGUCAAUUUGUACACUUAAAAAGGGUUGAUGGUCUCAUUUAUUUCCUUUGUGUGUCUUGUAACAAACUAAGCAGCCAUGCACACAAAAUUUUGGGAAACAAAAGGGUAGGUAUGCUCUACAAAUAGUUGGGAAGAUACACUAUGUUUAUACUGAGUGAUAUUUUAUUUGGAUCAUGAUGGGAUUCUUUUAAAAAAAAAAGAGAAGAAGCACUAGCUGUGUCAUCAAGUUGAUCUAAAUACGUUUUCCUUGAUUGCAUCUCCAGUUACAAAUUAAUUAUGAGCCUGCUGACAUUAAAAACACUUUGUACAUUAUUAAUUGAGAUAUUGUCAUAUUGAUAUGAUUCUGUGCAGCAAAGACAAUCAUUCUCUUCACCCACUGAUUUUGUCUGGAGUGCUUUUUCAUUUGAUGGUUAAUGCUGAUCUCAAGGAGUUGAAUUACAGUGAAUAAAGAAGCCACUUGGGUUGUAUCUUAGCUUGAUUUUUGGGAAGCUACAUCUCAAGUUUGUUUUGGGAACAAGAAAAAGUCCUAUUGAGUUUCUAAAGUUAUAGUUAGGAAGCUUUGUAUGUUUGAACAACAUUGGUCGCUGCUUUCAUUUUCGUCCUUUGGAUUAAAUGGUUUUGGGGUCCUAUCAAUUUCUUUAUUUUUCUGAUCUAUAUAGGUGUAUGCAAUGCCUUCUAUCAGGAUUCAUGAAGUACAUAACCAAAUACUUUCUUCUCUUUUUUACAGGGGUUACCUAUGGAAUAUUAUUUUUCGAGUCCAAUACAAACAUCUACCAUGUGAUGAUGGUUUCUCAGUCGCCCCCUAAUUAAUUUUUUUUUGGAUUAAUUUAAAGUCUUGUGCUUUCAAUUACACAGGGGUUUGGAUAUCUAGGCGGUGCUUAUGCUGGACAACGACCAUUGUUCCUUGCUGUUAUUGAUUUGUUUGCGUCGACAGGCGGUGGGCUAACCUCUCUUCUUUUCAUCUUUGUCCAUCAUAGGAAGCGAAAAUUUUCUAUUUCUGAAAUUAAAAGAGCAAGUUCUCGCAUAAGAUCAUGCGUCUUAAAUGUUUUUGGCCGACCAGAUGGGUUCUUCUAUGCGACUUGAAGCAUGCUGCGGGAAAGUAGAUAGCCCUCACUUCUGGUUUUUAUAUAUUAAUUGCUUAUGAAGAUUUUAGACUUCUUUGAUCUUUGAUGCAUUUUAGUUUGUUAAUCUAGGAUAUGACAUGACUGAUUUUGUGAUGAAAGAAUCUGCUCAACAUUUCUUUCCUAUAUGUUGUUGUUUAUACAGAGACAAGGUUUGAAAAUAGUUAUAAGCUACCCACUUACGUUGGGAUGUGUUUUGGCGCCAGGAAUGUAGUAGUUCUUAUGUUACGGUGUUCUUCCAAAUUCAUAAUCAAAUGUUGAUUGAAGUUGGAUAUAGCAAAUGAGAUCACAAAUACUCUCCUUAUUAUUAAUAACCCACAACUGCAUGGAAAUGGAGGAUAGAACACAAAAAUUAUUGAUAUUUGACUUUAUACCUGGCUGGUUAUGCUUUCAACAUUUGUGUAGAUGAUGGUGGAAGAGGUUUUGAUCGAGGCGGCCAUGUAUGGAGAGGAGGUAGACAUGGUGGAUCGAAAGGGUACUUGGACCAUAUUGUUCUUCCCAAGCAAGAUUUUGGCAAUCGGUACUGAUUAAAAAGAAUUUUUACAUUGAGUGACCUUCAGUGAGGGCAAUGAAUAAGCAAGAUAGUGGCUAUAAGAUAGGGUAGGCUACUUUCUCCAGGUCUUUGCCAGAUUGAUUUCGUUGAGCUAACACCAAAUUGGUACUUGCUUCCGUUCAUGUCAGUUCCUCCAAUUCAUUUUGUGAAAAUUAAUUUUUUUU